AUGGACAGCUCCGCGACGCGCAUCCGCCCCGACCCAACUCACCGCAGUGCGACAGGCCACUGUCUCGGGUGCGGCUCGCGUACUCGGCACCACGACCACUGCCCGCACCAUCCAAAGCGCCGCGGCAGCUCGGCGGCGGACCAAGGCCAACAGCUCAUGCUCCCUCACUUGCCGAGACUCGAGCCUGCCGUCGUCGCUGCAGACGCGGGUCCAGGACCAGACGACUACAACUGCGAUGCGGUCCAUGAAGGAGACGAUGAAGGAGAUGAGCCCGUCGGCUUCAAUCGCUCCGAUCUCAAGGCGCACCUCGAUGAGCACUGGCGGCGCGUCUCGGCGACACUCCCGAGGAUGUAUGGCACUCGUGUGGCCCAGUCGGCGACCUUGGACAAGACCAAGUGGUCCAACGACUCUUUUAUGCUCCCCAACGCGCUGCUCAAGGCGGGCGACGCGACGAUGUUCGACUUCCUCUUCUCCAACAUGCAAGUCUUUGUCUUGUGCCCAUUCUUGUUUUACGGCGAAGCCAUGCGCGAGUUCGAGCUGACAUGCGUUGCCUGCGGGGAGCAAGGGUGCCAUCUCAAUGGUUGGAACAGCUCGUGGCAAGUCGUCGUUGGCUUGGAGAGCGUAGCGUUGGGCAAAGUCCGCUCGUUCAAGCAAGUCAUCGCGAUGGCGCUGAUCAACGACUUGGCCGUCGUGCAGUACAAGACCUUCACGUGGCCCGUCGACAAAUUUACCUUCAAGGACGCCGAGCACUUGAAGGCCUAUGGCACUAAAGCCGUACCGAAGGCGAUCCAGGCGGCGCAGUCAAAAGGCAAUACGCACCAGGAACGACAAGACUUCAACCAGCAAAGCGAAAAGUACAGCAGCCAGCACCGCGCCUCCAGUGCCAGCACCAACAUCAUCAGCACUAGCUCCUGCAGCGCCAGCUCCGACAGCACCAACUCCUGCAGCGCCAGCUCCAGCACCAACACCUCCGGCGCCAACAGCUCCAGCACCAACAGCUCCGGCACCAAGAGCUCCUGCACCAACAGCUUAUGCACCAACAGCUUCUGCACCAACAGCACAAAUGCGGGCAACCUUGACGCCGGCCCCAUCUGGCCACCGUGCUGCAAGAGUCAACAGUCGCAAUUUAGCUGCACGGCCUAG